GAAUCGAGACAUUUAAUCUAUUUUUCACCAUCAACACGCAUACCGCCCGCCAUGAGCAAACUUUCAUUUAGGGCGCGUGCCCUCGACGCUUCUAAGCCCAUGCCCAUAUUCAUGGCCGAGGAAUUACCAGAUCUACCGGAUUAUUCGGCCAUUAAUCGAGCUGUGCCACAAAUGCCUAGUGGUAUGCAGAAAGAAGAGGAAUGUGAACAUCAUCUUCAAAGGGCAAUUUGUACAGGAUUAAUAAUUCCAACUCCGGAAGUAACUAAUUUAACAGAUGUCGAAGCUUAUGACAAAAUUUAUCCAGCAGAUUAUAAGUUGCCACGUCAACUUAUUCAUAUGCAACCCUUUGCUAUGGAGCAAGAUAUUCCAGAUUAUGAUAUGGAUUCUGAAGAUGAAAAAUGGGUUGGAACACAAAGUCGUAAAAUGGAUUUAACACCACUUCAGUUUGAAGAGAUGAUGGACCGACUUGAAAAAAGUUCUGGACAAACAGUUGUCACAUUAAAUGAAGCUAAAGCACUUUUAAAAGAAGAUGAUGAUUUAAUUAUUGCAGUUUUUGACUAUUGGUUAAAUAAACGUCUUAAAACGCAACAUCCACUUCUUUUAACAGUGAAAACUGAACAUCGUCUUGGAUCUGCUGCUAAUAAUCCAUAUCUAGCAUUUAGAAGGCGAACAGAAAAAAUGCAAACACGCAAAAAUCGUAAAAAUGAUGAAACAAGUUAUGAAAAAAUGCUUAAAUUGCGUAGAGAUCUCUGUAGAGCUGUUACAUUAUUAGAAAUGGUAAAAAGAAGAGAAAAAACGAAACGAGAGCAUUUACAUCUAACUAUUGAAGUUUAUGAAAAAAGGUAUCAAGCGCAAGACUUCAAUGGUCAAAUUUUGGCAGAAGUAUCCACUUUAAAAACAUCGCGACCUGCAUUUGCUCCAAUCUUCACAAAUCAAUUUGGAGCCCAUCAAAAUUGGGCAAAUAAAGUUUGUGGAAAAGAUGAUGUACCAAGGAAGGAGAAAAGACAAUACAAGAAAAGGAAGCAUAAAGCAGAUGUCAGAAGCGGAGGUUUAGAUGACGGUGUGCGCAGUACUGGAACUAGUGGCAAUCGAGGCAAUCGUGUUGUUCUUGAAAGUGGGCUGGAUCCCCUUGGUAGUUCAGACGAGGAUAUUCCUCUUCCGUCACAUUCACAGCCAUCUCUUCCCUCAGAUCAUGAAGAUGAAGACACAGUUGAUGAGGGUCAAUUCACCUUUCGUCGAAAUAGAAACAAUAGUUAUUUGCCUCCUGUAUCAGGUGGGUUUGGAAAUUGGCCUUGGUGUGAUAGAGACGAAGGAGGCUUGGCUGAUAAAAAAUACAGAUUUGCUCUUACUAGCAUCAAUAAGCCUACACCACGCUGUAUUGGUCUAGCACGACGUAGAAUGGGUCGUGGUGGCAGAAUUAUACUUGAUCGAUACUCAAGUGAUAUGGAUGAUAUAUGGUCAUCGUUAGAUUUUACUAUACAUGAGCCUAAAUGCAAUACAACAGUUCAAACAGAUCCCACAGCUACUGCAACAACUACAGUUAUGAAAGAAUGGUUACAUUUUCAUCCAAAAACACCACCAGCUUCAGAGCAUAGUCCAAGUGAAGAGAGUAGCGAGAGUGAUUCUGAAGUAGAAUUAGCUCAUUCUAUAACAGAACCUCUUUCAUAUCCAUUCCCACCAGAGGCAACAUCCAUUUGCGUUGAUAUAGAAUCAGAUCGCUUGGAUGAUAAUCCACCUUUCACAUCUGAAUUCAAUAUAUCAGAUUACUUUUCUAUCGACACAUUAUCAGACUUUGAUUUGGCACUUGCAGCCAGUAGUAGUGCCUGUUCAUCAGAAAAUAGUGAUUGGCGGACAGACGAAUUAGGAUGCUCGCAUUUCUUAGUUUUACCAGAAGUUGGAAAUUUAUUCGCGCCACAAAUCCGAUCACAGUGCAGUGGUAGUGCUAAUAGUGUAAAUAAGUCUAAUUAUUCUACUGCUUCGCCAAUAUUGUGUACAAGCAUCCAAUCAACAGCCUCUAAUACAUCAAUGUCUACACAACGUAUAAAUGUUAAUAUUGAAGCUCAAUUAAAUCAUCAAGCUAAAUACAGACAAUUGCAAAACAAUAGCAAUGCUACUUCUAUAUUAUCUAAGUCUCUGACUAGUCCAACUAAUAACAGAAGUUGUACUGGAGGAAUCAGAGUAUUUGGUACAACAGGAAUAAGUGGAAGUGGUGGUACAAUUACAAACUUUGGUAAUGGUCACCAAAAUGGUCCUGUUACUCAUAUGCAUAAUUCAAAGAGUUUAUCAAACAGUACACACAUUAUAAACAAUCAAUCAACAAUACUUUUACCACAAAAGCAUACAACUUCUAAUUUGCUGCCAGGCUUUAAUAAACUUGCCAAUCUUUCCAGACAUCAACAGCAAAUACAUAAUCAAACUCAGCAAAUUCCAACAUCUGGAGAAAUUACGCUUAAUAGUAAUAGUGAAAAAUUGGAGAUGGAAGUGGACACAGUUCAAAGUACACCAUGUGAUGGUAAAACACAACAGCAACAGUUGGUUCAAGGAAGUAAAACAAACUCAUUGGCAAUGGAAGUGACAUGAUGCCUGCUGUCAGCACCCCUGUUACUACCAUUACGUCACUGGGGGCUUUGCUAACCUUACCUUGCCAAUGUACGUCUGAUUUUGGCAUUGAAAAUAGACUACUUGUUUUGACAUUAAUUGUGGUAUGGUUAAGCACAUUCACAGGGACGUGUUGUCCAACUAUUUCAUGACAACUACUUUGAAGUAAUGACAGAACACUUGCAAUUAGAAAAAUCAUAUGACCCUUACUGAUUUAAACAGUAUUCAAAUUUACAACAAAUUUUAUAAUUCAAUGUACAAAUCUUAACUUUUUCAUUGUUAUUUUUAUUUAGUAACUUACAAUUGUUGAUGACAUAUGUUACGUAGAAGAAAUAUGCUA